ACGUUUAUCCUUCCAGUGGAUACGCGGCGAUAGCAUAGAUUCAACUGAACCGGAGAUCAGUACGAUUGCGACGCCACCGAGGUUCGUUCCGUCAUUCCCACCUUUUUGCCUGCCUUGCCUUCAUUUCGAUUUUGACGCCUCCCUGCUAUUCCUUCACUGAGCAGCUGUUCGUGCAGCAAUUGUAAGUCUAUGACACACCCACAUGAAAUUUCGCGAUUUCUAAGACCCAUUUGAGUUGACGAAUCUGAAAUUCUUGUUUCUGUUCCAAUAUUGUAAUUUUUGGGAAAACCAAUUAUGGGUUUGGGUCUGUCGGGCUUGAUAGCAUUCAAGGCAACAGCUUGGUUCUUGAUGUUUAUACUCGUUAGGAGACUUGGUUUCACCCUGUUAGGAGUUCCAUGUUUGUAUGCUUCCCUGGUAUCCUUGUUGGUCUCCAUAGCUUCCCUCCCAGUCAUCAAUCUCCCCAUGCUUCUGGGGAAAAGGCCAGAUGGGACUUUCCCUAUCUGGUCUCUUAUUAUGUUUGGUCCAUACCUAUACUAUGUUAGAUUUUUCUCUAUAUUGAGAAGAUUGAAAAGUGGGGAGGAACCUUAUACUGAAAUAUGUGAGGGUGUUUAUGUUGGUGGGUGGCCACGUUCACCUUCCACCAUGCCACCCGGUAACCCUGCUGUUAUCGAUUGUACUUGUGAAUUCCCAAGAGAAAUGAAGGGGCAAGGCUACCUCUGCAUCCCCACUUGGGACACUCGGGCACCUCAGCCGGGGGAGAUUGAAUCAGCUGUCAAGUGGGCUUGUAGAAAGAGAGCUCAGAAUCAGCCAGUUUUCAUCCACUGUGCUUAUGGUCAUGGGAGGAGUGUAGCUGUGAUGUGUGCAGUCUUACUGGAACUAGGGAUUGUAGAAGACUGGAAAAAGGCGGAGAAGCUCAUCCGAGAAAAACGACCUUACAUUCGAAUGAAUUCUCUCCACCACAAAGCUUUAGAGGAAUGGUCAAAACAUCGGCUCUCUUCACCAACAAGGAAGAAAGAAACAAAUGCAAGCUAUGCUGGCCUGUCAAGCACUCCUGCACGCACGAGAUCUGAGAGGCAGGGAAAAUAACAUUAGUUUGAUAAUUAACAUGAACUCGUUUUCAAAGAUUGUAACUAAUUUUUAUAAAUUUCUUAGAAGGGAACAUCAUCCCUUCCUAUUAAAACUGUUGUCAUUUGAAGGGCAACAAUACAGUGUGAGCUUUUAUUGAAUUUUUUUGUAGCAACAUAUUUUCCUUAGUGCUAUCCAUUCACAAAACAUUAAGUAAGGAAUUUCUUAUGUAAUUCCAUUGCAAGCAGAAACUUAAAUCCAACAGAAAGGUAAGAAAUAAGUGUGUUAUUU